AUUGCGCAUUCGAAACCUAACUAAUAAAGUCAGCUUUGUUUCAAAUCUCUCAUUAUUAAAUACAUAGGUAUUUCAUAUAAAAAUCGAAUUCGUACAACGCAGCUAUUCUAAUAGCAGUCAAUGAUGCAAUACACAACCAAACAACAUGCCGCUUCCCAGUUUAGUGCAGCACACCUCGCACAGUAGAGCGAUUAGGUCCACACAGUGAAGCGCACAUGCUUUAUUAGACAACAAAAUAUACAUAGUUACAUAAGUAGCAGCAGCUUGAAGCAAAACUCAAAAAGCAAAAAAAAAAAAUCCUCUUACCAAUUAAAUAAAUUAGCUCAUAUCUCUGUAAAAUGCGUAGUUAAAGUCACAGUAAUCAGUUAAUCAAUAAUUAAUAGUAAGCGUCUACUUUGGGCGCUAGUACGCAAAAUAUUUUAAAACAUACAUAUAUUCAUAACAAAGCACGAGCUUCCUAGUAAAGACCUCAUCAUUAAAAACAACAAAAAACCAAAGGCCCGAGAUAUCUCAAAGGAAAAGCUUUUAUUGGUAAACUCACAGAAAGCUGAAAGGCAUCAUACAAGCACAGAAUGUAGAAAGCAUCCAACUGUAUAAAAUAAAAGAAAAACCACAUCAAAUAGCAAACGAACUCACUACACAGCUUCAGCUCAAAUCACACAACUAGGAUAGGAGUAGCACAGCAGUUAUCAACUUAAGCGAGCACAGCAUAUAUUGCCCAACACGCCUGCAACCACCCACACAUUAACAUACAGACACUUGCGAACGCCCGAGUAACCGUCCAGUUUACGAGACACACCAGAGCCAACGAAAUAGACGUAGCGACAAGAGCACAAUACAGCUGCAUCUGGUACCACCGCCGUUUUGAAAGUUGGUGUUGUUGUCAAAACAACAACAACAGACUUAAGAAUUACUUUACUUUAAAGCGCGCUGCUCAAAGCAACCGCAUGGCGAAUUCCACUGUCGCAUAAACGGUCCAUAGAAGAAAGCAGCGUACUUCAGGAAAAGAAAUCUAUAGAGAUAAUAUACUUCAGAAUGGGUUCUUUUAUCAUGAGUAGAAAACACAGCCGUGAUCGUACGCUGAUCGCGAUCUUUUGUCUGCUCUUGGUGUGCACAACAACGCUCAGACUUGUCCAAGGCGCAGAGUCGCCCAACAACGGCACAUCAAACAAUUUGGCUGCCGUUGACAACAAACCCGAUGAUAAGGUGACUCGUAAUACGAACAAAGAGGAGGCGAACUCGGACGUAAGUGCUGUUGCUGAAGCCGGCAGUGCCGGUAGUGGUGGUGGAGGAGGCAAGGGCGUUGGCGGUGACACUCCGAAUGAUAUUCAAAAUGAUGCCAAUGUUGGCGGCAAUGAUGGUGAUGAUGAUAACGCUGGCGUUUCGGAGGCCAAUUCUAAUGAGGGCGAUAAUGUCACCGCCUUGUCGCAGCACAGUGGCAGUUCAUUGCAAUGCAAAGACGGUCUGCUGCUUAAAGCUUGGAUGCCAAUCGACAAUGUGAGUACCGGUGAUCGCGUUGCGCGGGGCCUUGUGUACUUCCUAGCGAUGACGUAUUUGUUCAUUGGCGUUUCAAUUGUGUCAGAUCGUUUUAUGGCGGCGAUUGAAGUGAUCACGUCCAAGGAGAAGGAGGUAGUUAUCAAGAAGAAGGGCGGCGAAACACAGGUUGUCGUGGUGCGCGUCUGGAAUGAGACCGUAGCUAAUUUGACGCUAAUGGCGUUGGGUUCCAGUGCGCCGGAGAUUCUUCUGUCCGUUAUCGAAAUGUUUCAAAAGGGCUUCGAGGCUGGUGACUUAGGUCCGGGUACAAUAGUCGGCUCGGCCGCUUAUAACCUAUUUGUGAUUAUCGCCAUUUGUAUUGCGGUCAUACCGAACGGGCAGGUACGAAAGAUCAAACAUUUGCGGGUAUUCAUUGUGACGGCCGCAUGGUCGCUAUUCGCCUACGUAUGGCUGUAUUUAAUUUUGGCACAAAUUUCGCCAGGCCGUGUCGAAGUAUGGGAGGGUUUGUUAACAUUCAUUUUCUUCCCCACUACCGUGCUGACGGCUUAUAUAGCCGACAGACGUUUGUUGAUUUAUAAAUAUCUUGACAAGAAUUACCGCAUGAAUAAGCGGGGCGUUAUUGUGAGCGCUGAGGGCGACGCCGUACUCGAGAUGAAUCGUCAUGAAAGUAUUAAGGAACUGGCAGAGAACGAAGAAAUGAAGGACUUCGAGGAUGCGCGACGUGAAUACAUUUCAACGCUGAAAGAACUGCGCAAGAAGUACCCACAAAGCGAUCUGGAGCAAUUAGAAAUGAUGGCUCAGGAGCAAUUGAUCAAUCGAGGCCCCAAAUCGCGCGCUUUCUAUCGCAUACAAGCCACUCGUAAGAUGAUGGGCAGCGGUAAUAUAAUGCGCAAAGUGCAGGAGCGUGCUCUCACCGAUCUGAACGAGGUGAAAGCACAGCUGCAGCGCGUCGAAGUGGAGGCCGAAGAAGAUGAUACGACGGUACGCAUCUGCUUCGAGCCCGGCCACUACACUGUCAUGGAGAGUUGUGGCGAAUUUGAGUUGCGCGUCGUGCGACGCGGUAAUCUAUCCGGUUAUACGACGGUUGAAUAUCAAACGGAAGACGGUUCCGCCGAGGCCGGUAGCGAUUAUAUUGGCAAAAAGGGUGUGCUCACUUUUCCGCCGGGUGUCGAUGAGCAACGUUUCAAGAUCGAAGUUAUUGAUGAUGACGUAUUCGAGCAAGAUGAACAUUUUUAUGUGCGUUUAAGUAAUCCGUCAGAUCCGGCAAUUUUGGCGGUACCAAAAGUAGCUACUGUCAUGAUACUUGACGACGAUCAUGCUGGCAUUUUCGCCUUUAAUCAAAAGACACACGAGUUUGCAGAAUCCAUUGGCACAUAUGACCUGAAGGUGCAGCGUUAUUCGGGCGCACGUGGUAAGGUGAUCAUACCAUAUUGGACGGAGGAUGGAACUGGGAAGGCGGGCAAAGAUUACGAGCCAGUGCAGGGAGAGUUGGUCUACGAAAAUAAUGAAACUGAAAAAUUCAUUCCGUUGGGAAUCAUUGAGGAAGGCAGCUAUGAGAAGGAUGUCCUCUUUUACGUAAAUAUCGGUGAACCCAUCAUUGCACCAGACGAUGAAAUGGUAGGACUCAUUGAAGCUGCAGAGAAGAAAGCGCCCGAGGAGCUGACGGAGGAGGAUAAGAUGGCGUUAUUGGGUCGUCCCAAAUUGGGUGAGGUGGUGCGUGCUGAGUUGCGCAUCAAGGAGAGUAAGGAAUUUAAGAACACUGUGGAUAAAUUGGUGCAAAGGGCGAAUGCCUCACUUCUGAUUGGUACUUCGUCAUGGAAGGAACAAUUUGCGGAUGCGUUAACAGUGACUCCAGGCGAUGAUGAUGAUGGCAAUGGCGAAGGUGGUGAGGAUGAUGAGCCACAGUCGCCCUCUUGCUUCGAUUACAUUUUGCAUUUCCUAACAAUCUUCUGGAAACUUAUUUUCGCAUUCAUACCCCCAACAGAUAUUGCCAACGGUUAUCUAUGCUUUGUUGUUUCGAUAUGUGGCAUCGGUAUGGUGACAGCACUAAUUGGUGAUGUGGCAUCGCAUUUCGGUUGUACGCUCGGCGUUAAGGAUGCGGUUACAGCGAUUUGUUUUGUGGCGCUCGGCACCAGUUUGCCCGAUACGUUCGCCAGCAAAGUGGCUGCCAUACAAGACAAGACCGCCGAUGCGAGUAUCGGCAAUGUGACGGGUAGUAAUGCAGUGAAUGUCUUCCUAGGUAUUGGCGUGGCGUGGACCAUGGCAGCCAUAUACCAUGAAUCGCAUGGACGCGCCUUUAGAGUGGAGGCGGGCACCUUGGCUUUCUCCGUGACACUUUUCCUAUCGGGAGCCGUGAUUGCCAUGUUCCUGAUAAUGUAUCGACGUAAGAAGUCAAUAGGUGGUGAACUGGGCGGUCCAUCACCACAAAAGUACAUACAUAGCGCCAUUUUCUUCAGUCUGUGGUUGGUCUACUUAAUAAUGAGCACUUUGGAAGCAUACGGAGUCAUCCAAGGAUUCUAAGGAGCACAAACAACAACAACAGUCAGAUGACGCUGAUGACUACAUACUACAUUACUUGCAUAUAUACUUACUUUCCUUUAAAUAAAAGCAAAACCAAAACCCCACAAACUGCAUACAGACAUACAUAGAUACAUAAAUACAUAUAUACAUAUAUACUUAGUUAGAAAAGCAUGCAAAACAUCCUACAUAAACAAAAAAGAUAAAUUAACAUAAACUAAAAAUUAAUAAUAAAAAUUUGCUCGUAUUUCAUAGAAAGAGCAAAAGAACCGUUUCAAAGAAUGAAAAAAGUGCAAAAAGUUUUGAAAUAUCUCAAAAUUAAGAAUAAAUUUAGAGAAAUCAAUAGCUAAAUUAAAUGAACGAUUAGCACACUCUUAAGGCUUGUUUUCACUAUGUCAAAUUCAAUGGCGUUUAUCGUUAAAUAUGUAAAUGAAAGCGUAUUGUCAAAUGGGAUCAAUAAAACCGUAUAUCGAUUGAUUUAGAUCUUGAAAGGUUGUGUCAAGUCGGCUAUAUGUACGUUUUUGGUCCAUAAUAUCACCGGCUAAGGUAUGGAUGAAAGAGAUAAAGUUGUGUCAAAAUAUGUCGACCAAAUUUUGGCAUAGUGAAAACCAUUCUUUACAUACAUUCGAGUCUAUACUUACAUGUAUACAAGCUGCGCAGCUAAGUAAUCGAAUUGUUGAUGUCUCAGCUAAUUAAAUUUGAUGUUAUGCCUAUAAGAGACUUUUUUGAAGGUUUGUACGCUACCGUAAAUUGGUAAGUGUACUCGUAAUUUAAAUGGGUACCCACAAUUGUUUUGAAACCGGAUUUCUCCUAUGCUAACCAAAUUAAUUGAUUAACUUUAUUAGUAGUAAAUUUCCCAGAUGAACAAAAAUAAUUUCUAAAACCACUAUUUUUUUUUUAAUUAACAAUAAUUCGCAACUGCACACACUGCAUGUUUGGAGGUCCCAGUUCCAAGAAAUCUGGCCCUUAAUACAACCCAGAACCCCAGAAGUAUCAAGAGCCGACUCGUUCGAGGCUACCUAUGCCAUAUCUGGCAAGUGCUGAGAAAUUCUUAAUAUACAUAACUCCGAAGUAGAAAGAGGCCCGUUCCGGGCUAACUCCUCAGUCAUCUUGUUGUCAUGAAUGCUGCGAACCCCCGUCGCCAUAACAACGCAACGCUAUGUCUAUAGGCUAAAGCUGUAACCACAAUACACCGGAAGACAAUCUCUACUAGGUUGUCACAAAGCCAAGGACCUUUAUAGCCAACGGGAUGAUCGAAUAAAAGUGAUAUUUAAUCUCAGACGAUAUACGGUAAAGACAUGCUUCGCCGCCAGCGAGACGCAUUCAACAAAAUCUAUGGCUUCCAAUAUUUCUACCAAGGUAAUUUAAUGGCGAAUUUGAUACCAAAAGACAUAAAAGGAUUAUUAAAGGAGUAUAAAAUGCGCUUAUGUCUACAAAGAAGCUCUCUCCCAGUUCGCUUAGGUUCAGAGUAAGGCUGUCAAUGGCAAAAUUACAUCGACGUAUUUCUCUAAUUCGAUACAUCGAAGGGCAUACAUCGAUUUGCAUAGAAUUUUUCAGAUAUUACUUCACAACAAAAUAUGUUAUUAGCAAAAUUGUACAAAAUUUCACAUUAAUAACGGCAACUGAGUUAAUUAUGUUUCUAACGGAACUUUUUGGAGUCAUUACAAUCAUUUAGACAAACUCACUUCUCUUUUUGUACAACUAACAAACCGAAAUGACGGUUCAAUAUACUAGAGAUGUGAGUUUUCAAAAAACAUCGAUUCAUCGCCUAUUUGUACAUCGAGUGGAAAGUUUUCGAUGCAUCGAAGCAAAAAAUCGAUAUUUUCGAUAUAUCGAUGCUUUUCCGACAUCCCUUCUUCAGAGCACUCUGUGAAGUAAUUUUAAUAAUACGGCGGACCACUGCCGCCUAUAUCCACGACCAGAACAUAUUCCCAUGCUGUUAAAUAAUUGUGUACACUUUUUUGUGCCAAUUUAUUUUUAAAGACUUUCUGGCAGAACGAUCUUUACUUGAAAAAUCAACACUGAGGCUGGACGGAGUUAGGACUUUAUCUGAACUAAAUUGCGCCGAAAAUUCAAUUAACUUUAAAAAUUUCAAUCAUCAUAAUGAUUUUGCUUUGGACGUUUUUUUUUCAUCUUUGGAGUAUAAAAAUUCUUCAUGUUCGAGGAUUAAAAUGAUCUUAGCAUUGAAAAAAAAAAAACGGUUUUUAUUGAAUCAGCCGCCAGCUGAACAAGGCUGUUGUUGAAAUUACUUAGCUGAGAUUAUCAACUUUCACAAAUACAUAGUGUAACUAAUCUAAACACAAAUAAAAACUAAACAAAAAUCUGGUAACAAUUUUCUCCAAGUAGAAUUUCAUCUUAAAAUUCUCUUAACACAAACAAAGGGCAAAUUAACUCACUAAAGCUAGAGGCUACGUAUGCAUCAUAAUUAGGCUUAAAACUCAUACUAUGCAAGUAAAUACAUAUAUUUAAUAGACACAAGUGAGCCAAACUUAAAAAAACAAAAAUGAAUAAUGAAAAAAUGAAAUAAAAUUUGCACCUUGCGCAGAGAUGUCAAACACAUAGUUACAGUAGGCAACAGAACGAAUGUUAACAGAAAAAGCAACAAAAUAGUUAAAGUCAUUACUAGCAGAAAAAAAAAGAUAGAAAAAUUAGAAAUACAAAAAGAAAGCAAACAAUUGAACAACAAAAUAACAAAAACAAUCAUAUAUAAACUUUGGCUAAAGAUCCAGGCAACAUUUGAAGCAACACUUGCAUACAUACUUACAAGCAUAGAAGCAUACUUACAUACAUACAAGCAUUAAUGCAUACAAACAUAAAUACAUACAUAUGCAGGCAUAGAUAAAAUGUAGAUUUGAAAGCAAACUUAAAAAAAAAAUGAGCAAUAGCAAGCGAGCGAGCAUCCAAGCGAUAUUUAUGUUGCAAGGAUAUUAAGGACAUUUUAAGCAGUAAGCUACCACAGUUACACAGAAGUACUUUAAACGCAAACAAAACAACAACAAGUAUAAUAAUAACAAUAACAAACGAAGCAAAGCAUGCAAUAAACUUGUAUUACUAAAUUUAAUUUAUUUUUAUAUAUAUAAUGUAAUAAUAAUGAAAUUUGUAAUGCAUACAUACUUAAUAAUAAUAAUAAAUAAUAAUGCAACUAAGUUAUGCCAUUAAAGAGAUUAAACCAAAGGAAAAUCAGAAAACAAAAAAAAAACAAGCAGAGUGGUACAGGCAGAUGAUAUUUGAAAAGCGUUAGCAAAUUUUUAGAGAAAUUUUAUUGUUAUUGUAUUAUUCUUAUAUUGUAAAUGUAACGUGUAUGUAUGUAAUGUUAAUUUUAAAUACAUAUAUAAAACGAAAAAUAGGAAAAAUGGAAAGAUCUUAAAAAAGAAGAAGAAGAAGAAGAAGCAUUAUGCGAAUUCAUUUAGCCGAAUUGGCAACGAUAUUAUGAGUGCAAUUUUUAAAUGCAAAUGUUGUUGUUGUAAAGAUGCCACAAGAUGCCGUUUACGUACAGGGCCUUCCAUAAUUAAAUGAUGUUUAAUGAAAUCAUUAUAAAUUUAAGUAUUACUUGUUAAUGUUAGAAAUGCUUAAGCGCUUUUGAGUUUUAUGUAAAAAGAUAGACAAAUCUAUUUUCGGUUUUGUACAUUAUAAACAUUUGAUUGGGUAACAAUUUAUGUUUUCUUUUAUGUACAUACAUAAAUAUUUAAUUUGUUAGCUAGUUAAAAAAAAAAAGUUCAACAAGCUCUCUUUUAAAAGGCUUUGUGGAGACGCCUUCUAGUGGAGACGCCUUUAACGCAUAUUUGAAUAAGUGAACAGAGGGCGCUAAGAAAAGUUAGAAGAGAUAGAGCAACGCCAGGGAAAUUUUUUCACGCUUUUUAUGAAUUUUAUACUUAUAAGCGCGCUCAGAGUAAAAACUCUCUCUGCUCAUCGCUGUUUUACACUGUGUUGCCGAAUUGAUGAUUUCGUCGUCAGUUUGGCGUUUUUUUUCAGAUCAAUGACGUUUUGACCCUUUGUCUGCCGGAAGUGAUUUUUUUAUUUUAACUUGUUUACUUAAUUACAUAUAUACAUAUGCAUGAAGAAAAUUUCUUAAAGGAAAACGUAAUACAAAAUACAACCAUACGUUUAUCUAGUUUUGUUCAUCAAUCGUGCUUUUAGUUAUCUAAAUUAAAUUUGUUCUAGAAAUGUAGCCAAAUCGUAAAUUUGCACUGCUGACACUCAUUUGAAAGAGACAGAAAAAUUAAAAAUUCAGACGCAUGCAUUUUUAUGGGACAUUACAGGCGGCGGGCGUACUGUUAAUCAGCUGAAAAUAGAAUCAAAAAAAAAAAUAUUUUUCCAUUUGGCUUAAGUUGACGUGUGAAGUAAUCAUUGCCGUGUUCUUACGUUCAGUUAAGUCUAGACAAACUGAGCUUUGACUCUGAGAAGCUCGCCUGUGAAGGAAUUUGAAUGCAUUCAGAUAAGUAGCCGGUAACUUGAUUUCAGCACUAAAUAUUUAAAAGAUUUUAGUCCUUCCUUGCGAAAUGAUAACCAAAGAUCCCGACCUGCCUAACAUCGCCUUCCAUAUUCCAAUACUUGUGUGCUACAUUUCCCCAGUCAUUAAUUACAAGCCUCCAAGGAGACCAACUCACACCAAAAAUCAGCUUCGGUUACACAAGGGGUUGAAGAUACUUCUCUAAUUCGCUGGUUGGAGACUUUUUUGCUCUUAAUGCCGUAGUUUCUGAUAACCAAUGCCGUGUUACAAUGUUUUCCACAUUUGAGAGCUAGAGAUAACUCCUGGACAAGCUUGGAAGAACAUCUUACUGGAAAAGGCCGGAUUGACGACUUGACUACACCAUUUUCAAGGUUUGUUCUGGCGCAGGUCUAUACUGCUAACAUCUCAGCCUGACACACAAAGGGUCACCUCAUUCCAACUCUAGGAUUUUUUUUUUUUUUUCAAAACAUAUGUAUGUUUGAUGAAUUUAUAUUCCUCCAACUAGUACAGUCAGUGCAACUCGGUCUAAGCUGACGUUCAUAUAUUUUCCGAAUUGUAAAGAAAGCUUAAAAAGCCGCUGUUCUUCACCGUUAUACACAGAUAAGACAAGCGUCAAAUAUCCAACUCCUACCGCGUACACGCUACAGGGCAUUACAGACCGGUCUGUUGGUAUGUUCGAUCAUCGCUAUUUCGGUCCAUCUGUGAUCAUUUUGACGAGCCCCUCGGUGGUAGAAAGGGCGAUGACUACGCAGUGCUUCGUAUUAAAGAAAAAUCACUCCUACUACAGCUAUUUCUGCUCUUUGCUGUUUUAAAGCAACACUUUUUUAGAGCUACAUAUACAUUGACUCAGGUUUGGUUUUGUAAUAUUGUCAUCAAUAUUCGAAGUCUGAACGAUACAGCUUUUUCAGAGCUCAUCCUACAUCAGCGACGACCAGAGAGGGAUUUUAUCUUGUACGCGUGUAAAUAGUUAUAUAAAUUAUAAAAAGCUUCUCCUGCUCGAUAUCUUUUGGUGAGAAUUGCCACAUUUAAAACUGCGCUACUUUCAAAAACUGAGCUUAAAGCUUUCUCAGGAGCUUUGAAGCAUAUCUCAAAAAUCUUUUUUUAGUUUUGAAUUUUGAUUACCUCUUCUUAUGUAUAAUCUUUGUACUAGCCAUUAAGUGAACCAGUCUUGUUAAAUUGUUUGUUUCAAACUGUAUGUGUUAGUUAUGAAUUUUAUAAUAAAUAUAUUUAAAAAAAAAUCUAAGAAAUGCUUUCUUCUUGAGAUUAAUGUAUAAGCAAACUUGCCGACAUUGAUUUUAACUACAAAACUUGAUCAUGAAAACAGCAAACUUAACAAAUAAAAGCCACUACAAAAUACUACUAACUAUACUUCAGAAAAAAAAUAAAUUAAAAAAAAAAAACUGGUAUAAAAUAUAUAUGCAUGAAUCAAUAAUUUUAAAAC